CAAUUUUGGAAUUCAAUUUUGGCGGUCCGACAAAGCCAACAGUCAUUCGGAAUGACACAAGAUGAGAAAGCAACAACCAACAAAGGUCUUGCUAUCUUGAAGAAGAUGGGGUUUCGGGAAAGAAUAGGACGCUUUGAAAGUGGUAUUUUACAACCCAUCUCGCCGAAGAAAGUAUUGGGACGACAAGGUCUCGGUUAUGAUAGUAGUCAAGAAUCAACUUUGCACUAUGCUGAUACUAGUUCAUUUCAUGGAAUCGCAGAUUGGGAAGUGGAAAGUAGUAUAGAAGAGAUCAAGCCUCAAACGAACUCAUCCAUCUCUGUAUUCACAAAGAGAAAGCGUUUGUCGAAAGAUGUAAAUCAGGUUGAAGAGAACAAUGCGUUGGAUUGUCUAUUGCUGGAAAGAAGACAGGAGACAGUCAGAUGUGGUCUGUUGGUUGACUUCGAUGUUUUGAUAAGUAAUCAUGAAACCAGAAGAGUGCAGGCUUUGAAAGAAACUGUCGAAUCAUUUUCUGAAACUAAAUAUGAUUGGGAUUCCUUACAGUGGUUACUACAAGACGAAGAGAGUGAUUGGACCUUGUUACAAAAGGUUAUGAACUUUCUGUUCUCAAAUGUCUUAGAUGAGGACGAAAUGUCAUCCACUUAUGAGAGAUUCGAAUCCAAUAUCAUGAAGCAACCUUUAGAACGUAAUAUAAGAGCUCAACAACUUUGUGAAGGACUGUCAAAGAAACCACUCGUUCGAGUUGGGAUGCUCCACAAAGGUAGCAGGUUACGUAUGAACGAGGAAAUGAAUGUCUUAAGUGUUCGCAAUCUACAGAUAUGCGCAUAUGCCGUUUCUCUCGAUACAUUUGCUCACGUUCCUUAUAAUGAACAGUGGAUUGAGUUGUGUAGAAGAUUAGGUAGACAGUUCAACAUGUUUUCCUUUAUAAUGCUGAAUUGUAUAGGCGUUUGUCCACAGGAUUGCUAUGCAGUACUUACUCCUCAUAAAGCAAGCACACAUCGACCUUCUCAGCUUGAAGUGGGUGUCAUUCUUAGCAGUAUACAACCAAUACGGUGGAAUUCCAUUUCGACCUCUUUGGAUGCAACAGGCGUUUUACACGAGAUAAUGAAACAAAGAGCUGCACUUCGAGACAAAUCGGGAAAAAUUAUAUUUCGAAAUGUCUUGGCAAGAUUCUCAUCGGACCGACUGUGGUAUUUGGCAACAGCUAUAAAAUUGAAUGAAAGCAAAUAUUAUUGGGUAACAUACAAAGGUUGGGGAAAUUCCGAACUAAUAGAAGAGGAUUCUAUUGAGCGUAUCUCUCAAAAGGAGGAGGAUAUAUUCAUAGCAAACAAUUAUCAAGGAAUAAGCACACCCGAAAAACAAAAGGUUUUCAAAGAUAUAAAGUAACUGAUUCCAUUUCCAAGUUUUCUUCAGAGUUACUAUAUCUGCAUAUUUCAGGCUGAU